GAAGAUUGCGUAGGAUUGAAGCUCGAGAUUGCGCGGCAUCUCAAUAAAUUUGGGAAGCGUUAAAGAUUACCAUGGGAUUCCAAUUUGAACUCAUCUUGGAUGCCUGUGGCUCCCCCUCCGUCGUUCUAGGGUUUUCUCCGUCGGAGAGUGCUCUCCAUCUCCCUUCUUUGGUCCAUGGAGUCCCUCUGCAGCUCUGCUGUCACCCCCUGGCGGAUUGAAGCCCCUGUUGUUCAACCAAAGUGCUCAUCCCUAGUCAAAGCCUCAACUUUCCGAUUCUGGCGCGGUAACUGCCCAGAAAAGCUCGCUUCUUUGGCACUUUCGGGGCCUCCGCGGAGCCCUCAGAGUCGCGGGGGAAGGUGGCGGGUCCUCGCACACGGAGCCUCCGGAAUUGGCGGGGAAGACAGUGGGGCUUUGACAAAUGGAUUUAGUGUCUUGAUCGACGGUGACCCCGCAUCGAUUCAGAAUGACAUAAUUCAAAAUGGUGGCUAUGAGGAUUGCAUGAGUGGAAAUAUGGAAAUGGUAACACCUGUUACUGCUGGAAGUGUAACAACUGCAUCCAAAGCUGGACUCUUCAGGACACCGAUUUCUGGUGGUGUUCAAAGUGCAUUGGCUGUCAAUAACUUACCUCACCCAGCCUUAGCUGUUCACAAUUUAAUGCAACAGGCCAAGUAUGGUCAACUAUGCACUAUAGUGUCCCGGAUGCAUAAUCGCCGUGAAGGCUACCCAUUUGGUUCGUUGGUAGAUUUUGCACCUGAUCCAAUGGGGCAUCCCAUUUUUUCACUCUCUCCACUAGCAAUCCAUACAAGGAAUCUCUUGGUGAAUUCAAAAUGUUCGCUUGUUGUGCAGAUACCUGGAUGGACGUCACUAUCAAAUGCACGUGCGACGAUAUUUGGUGAUGUCUUCCCUCUUGCAGCUGAUCAGCAGGAAUGGGCUUGUCAGCAAUUUGCGGCAAAACACCAGCAGUGGGCAUCCAAACAAUUGGGCAACUUAUACUAUUACAGGAUGCAGAACAUUAGUGGCAUCUAUUUCAUUGGAGGAUUUGGAACUGUUGCAUGGGUAGAUGUUAAGGAAUAUGAGGCCUCAAAACCUGAUAAAAUUGCUGCUGACAGUGGAGAACAAAAUUUGAAGGAACUUAAUGCAAUCUUCUCAAAAUCACUCAAAGAUAGCUUAUCAACAGAAGCUGAGAUAGAUGAUGCUGCUUUUAUUUCCAUAGACAGUAAAGGCACUGAUAUUCGGGUUCGGCAAGGUGCACAGUUUAACGUUCAAAGGAUAUCAUUUGAAGUUGAACAUGAUGUGCAGACACUGGAUGAUGCGAAAGCAGCUCUUGAGAAGAUAAUAAAUAGGUAUAGAAGAUAA